AUGCGAGACCUAAGUUCGGUGCAGAUGACUUGCAAGGCGUGGACUUCUAAUGCUCAAAGACAUCUCUAUGCCAACAUUGAGAUUGUUGGUGACGACAAUCCAUUGAUGCUCCAGAAAUGGAGGUUGUCUCGCGGCGCGCGUCUGAUACGUCUUCGCUCUACACUUCGAUCGGACAGUCUACUUGCAGCGUUGGUCAAAAAGAUGCAUGUGCCUGACCCACACAUUCCUUUAUAUCUGCCCAACGACUAUCCGAACCCAGACUAUGAUGGCUAUCUGUGCAUACUAGCAUCUGUGGUUAUGUCCUGUCCAAAUCUCGAGGCAUUGACAGGCUUCGUUCCAUUCUACAAUCACACGUUUGAUCGCCUGACAUAUGCCCUAUCGACAAGGACCAAACUACGGCAGCAUACCUGGGUCGUUGCAGAAAAUGACGAUGUCAGCGCCCGGAGCCAGACACAGUUACCUCCGGGAUUGUUGGAUGAUCAGCAACUCUAUGAAUUCACACACUAUCAUGAUCGCUGGAUACAUCUUGAGACUCUCAUGCUCUGUUCACCAGGCAGUCUUGGGGUCAUUGAACACGAUCUUUUCAUUCAUAUUCUUCAUUCCUUACCAUCACUUGAAAAUUUAUGCAUAUCAUCCUUCGACGCAGAUGAUUUUCAUGACAAGACACUGCUUUCAUUGCCUCCGGUACGAUGUCUUAGACUUGAGGAGUGCCCUGGAGUCACCGAAAAUGGCCUGACGAGAUGGGCGGCAAGCCCAAGCGCUGCUCGUGUGAAGGAGCUCAUCCUGCUCUAUCAAUCAAUCAUGGCUCUCUCAACUCUAUCGAAAUUGCUGGCUAGUUUGAAUUGUAUGACCAAAUUCACUGUCAUGCAGAGUGAUAGCGAGCCUUCAUUUACACAAGAGGAAGAGCAACUUGCUUUACAACCCACUCUCGCAUCCUCAUCGCUAACGUUCAUACAUUGGGACAUUCUCUGCAGAGAGAACCAGGGAAUGAAGAGUACACGCGCAAAUGCAACAUUCAGUCAUGCCCCUUCCAGGCAUCGAAUGUCAGCAAAUGCCCACCUUGCGCAGUCGAUCCGACAUGGAGGUUUUCCACAACUUCAGCAUCUUCGAGCCCCGCGCGAUACAGCACCAUACGGCAUCCUACAGUCUGUAUGUCUACCUGCUCCUGAACACGGGUUCCUUCUACCAAAUGACAAGGACGGUAUGGACGACUUUCAUGCGAAGCCGUAUUCAAACUCCCUUGCUGUCGCACGAAUUAGAGCCCAGAGGAUGGCUCGCCAAGCAGUGCAGCAGCAGGCUCUCAGUCAGAAUGCUUCACAGAGUAUGGUGCGGACCACCAAUAGAUAUGUGGAGACUGACACAAGAGGAACGACUGGUCAGGAUGAUACUACUUCAGUGGUAAGUCACAAGGGUCCCGAAUAUUCCGCGCUUCGCCGUGAUGACGACAGAGGAAACGGCGUAUCUCACUCAGCCAAGAAAGAUACCUAUCAUCGUGUCGCAGGCUCUCCCCUUCUACCACCCCGGCAUCCCCUCCACUUCAACACGGCAACAUUUGGUUAUGGGCAAAUCCAUCUUGCAAAGGUCAAUCAAGGCCCGGCGACGACCUUUUGGCGUCCUCAGUUUCUCCUUGAACCAAAUGUUGUAGGACGCGAUCAAAAUGGAGGGUUGGUGGGUUGGGCAGAGCUCUUAGGUAUCCAAGAAAAGGCGAAAGCAGGAAGCGGUGCUAGUACAGGGAGCACAAGCCUAAGGUCCGAAAACGAUCGCUCUGGAAGCAGUAGCGAGCAUGAUUUACCGACGAGCGACCGACUUUCAAGAGCAUCGCGUUGUGAUGGCUUAUGGAACCGCGCAUCAGGGCCAGACCUAAAUACCGAAAGCCAGUAUAGCCUCAAAAAGGUCUUGACUUCAUCAUCUAGAUUCAGUGGAAGUUCGAAAUCCACUACAAGCUCACGGUCAAAAUCAAAAUCAUCCUCGAAACUGACCCUUCCUCUCGAUAUUCGAUCGUCAGGGAAGUCGAGAUAUAUGGAAACAUGGAGGCACGUUGCAAGGCCGAGAGGUGAGAGCGGUCAAGCUAUCAGGAUUCAGGAUUUCUUCUGA